AGUAUACUCGGUCGAGUUCAGUAGCUGGGUUUCGCUCAGCUUCAGACACACAAAUGGCGGCAAAAAAUCCAUCUAUCCUUCGCCUUCUUCCAUGGCUUCCAUCGUGACCAUCCCUUCUCCCCUUUCUCUCUCUUCUCCGUUCUUGAAAACCCUUUCAAAACCCUACAAAACCCUAACCCUAAAAGACCCCCUCUCUUCUCCCAAACCCUUCCUUUUCAGGAAGAAGACGAAAAUUCCAACCCCGCCAUCUCAAAUUUCCUCUUCUCUGUCGGAAAACUGCUCAUUCUCCGUCUCAUCAGCCGAAAUUCCACGCGAUUUCGUCUCCGGGACCGCCUUUCUGUCCUCGAUCUUGGCUGCGCUGGUUUGGAUACUCGAAUCGCGUCGAAAACGGCCUCUUUUGCUCCCGUAUCGGUCGAUAAAUCGGCAAUAUUACGAUUUGAAGAGGAAGACUGUGGAGGUUGGGUCGUGGAAGUUGAGUUUGGAUGUUUUGCCGUCAAUUCGGGAGUCUUACGACCAUCCGAAGGUGCUUAUCGAUCCGGCAUUUCUAGGGAUUGUGAAGUCGGCUGAUCGUGUGGUGUUUGGGGGCUCGGUGUCUAGUAAUUACAGUGGAUUGGAUCCAAUUGGUAUUAAUUCAGAGCUGUCGGAUUUUUCUGAUGAAGAAGAGGGCGACUUUGGUGGAUUGAAUGGGAGUAUUGAUCAUCCGACGGUGGUUACCGACCUCACAUUUCCAAGGAUUGUGAAUUCGGCGGAUCGUGUGGCUUUUGGGGGCUCGGUGUGUAGUAAUUACAGUCGAUUGGAUCCAAUCGGUAUUAAUUCAGAGAUGUCGGAUUUUUCUGAUGAAGAAGAGGGCGGCUUUGGUGGAUUGAAUGGGAGUAUUGAUCAUCCGACGGUGGGUACCGAUCUGGCAUUUCUAAGGAUUGUGAAUUCAGCUGAUCGUAUGGCAUUUGGGAGCUUGGUGUUUCGUAAUUACAGUGGAUUGGAUACCAUCGAUAUUAAUUCGGAGCCAUCAGAUUUUUCUGAUGGAGAAGUGGGCGAGUGUGGUGGGUUGAAUGCAAGUAGGUCUGGUUGGAAUCCACUAUUGCUGCCGGCUGUAUCUGCUGCAUGCUUGGAGAUUCCAUCUUCGAGUGUGAUUGCUGUAUCAGAGCAGGAGAAAUUGCCUGCUCAAGGGGAACUGCAAGCAGCUAUUCCAGCAAUUGCAAUGGCAGCAGGGGCUUUUGGUGCAAUAACUGGUGGAGUAAAUGGAGGACUGGAAAUGGUUGGUUUUGUUGCUGUCAUCAGCUUUCUUGUGCAUGAUCUUCUAUGGGCUUCAAAUAGGAGGAUGCUAUGGGAGGACCUGGUGAAAGUCACAGAUCGUGAGAAGUUUAUAUGCUUUUUAAAGUCUAGAAACAUAAUGAUUACAGAUUUAUCAUUCUAAAUCAAGAUACUUGCGUGAAAAUGGCUGUGUAUAUUCUUUUGGCUGCUAGAAGUUAAAACUGAUUUCCUUUUGAAUUUCAAUAAUUGUAGUGUUCUCUUCUUUCUUUGUAUGUGCAUUAUUUUUUAUUUUUUUUUGGUUUUACUGUAAAUCAAAAUUCAAUAUCUGAACUGUGUAGACCAAUUUCCCUCUGUUGGAAAAUUAAAUUAGUUUCUCUA